UUUUUUUUUUUUGAAAAAAAGAAAAAUAACCCAUUUCAAACAUUCUAUUUAUUUAUUUUAUCUUAUUUUUUUAUUUUAUUUUUUUCCAAAAUCUUUAUUCUAUUUCCCUUCGACCAUCAGUAUCGCAAACAACUGCACAACAACAAUUUUAACAAACUAGACACUUAAGCAACAGUUAAAUUUAUGCCAAUUCAAGAAGUCGAUACUUUUUACGCAGCUUCAGAAAAGAGUUAUGCUGAAAGUUUCAAGGUAGAAGAGACUGCGAUUGAUAACUAUGUCGAAGAGGAUGUUCAGUCUGAGAAUAAUGUUCACUAUACUCGUGGUGAAGGCAGUAUCCUUACCGGCAUCGUUAGUGUGACCUGUGUCGUAGCGGGUACAGGUACUCUCGGUUUACCUGCUGCAUUUGCUACUGGUGGCUGGCUGGGCAUUCUUAUCAUGAUCUUGGGUUACAUCGUAGCCUGUUACAGUGGUAUUGUGUUGAUUCGUUGUCUUUAUUAUAAGCCUGGCUAUCGUCUUCAUGAUUACAAGUCCAUCGGUAGAGCUGCUUUCGGCACCUUUGGUUAUGUAGCCGCUUCAUUUUUCCAUUUCCUCAAUUUGUUUGGUUGUCCUGCCCUUUAUUUGGUUCUUGCUGCCGGUAAUAUGAAUUAUCUACUUCGUGACACCAGUGGUGCGCUCAAUACAUGGCAAUGGACCAUCAUCGUGGGCGUCAUCGUCUUGAUCCCUUUGCUCGUCUGUAAAACCAUGAAAGAAUUGACCAUCUCUUCCGCGAUCGGUGCAGCCUGCACCAUGAUUGCCGUCUUUAUCAUUACUGUUCAAGGCCCCAUUGAUCGCAAGCACGCCGUUGAACCCGUCAUCAACGACGGUGUCAUUUGGACCGGUUUCCCUUCUGCCCUUGCCACCAUUUCCUUUUCUUAUGGCGGCAACAAUACCUACCCACAUGUUGAACACGCUCUUAGAAAACGUGGCUACUGGAAAUAUGCCGUCAUCGCUGGUCUCUCUAUCUGUACUUGUCUCUACUUUUUAACCGCUAUUCCUGGUUAUUACUCUUAUGGUCGCGACACACAAUCUCCUGUCUACAACAGUCUUAGAAACGAAACCGCCAGAAUGAUCUCUGUCAUUGUCAUGACGGUCCACGUUCUGCUCGCCAUUCCCAUCUUUUCUGCAUCAUUCUCGCUUGAAUUCGAGCAAUGGACCAAGGUGUCCGAUGAACGUCUUGGUAAAAUCAAGGCCUGGUUCGCUCGUGCUUUGAUUCGUAUCGGUAACAUGACUGUCUUGGUUAUCCUGGCUAUCUUUAUUCCUUAUUUCCAUGACUUUAUGGGUCUCAUUGGUGCUCUCUGUACCUGUACUCUCGUCUUUCUUUUGCCCGUCAUUUUCUACCUCAGACUCACGGGUGUUCGUAACAAACCUUGGUACGAAUUAGCCUUCUGUGCCUUUACCAUUUUCUUGGGUAUUAUCGGUUGUGUCUUUGGUACCAUUGAUGCUAUCAGGGCUCUUGUUGCUGAUUUCCGACAUUAAUCAUCCCUCCUUUUCUUUUUUUCUUUUUUUUUUUUUUCUAUUUUUUUUCUAUUUUU